GUUUUGCCGGUUUUAUACGCAUGGCUCGAGCUUCUUUCUCUGGUAGUUGAGUUGGCCUUUCCAAUGUUGUAUCACCUUUUUCCCGUACCCUGUGCAGGACGCGAACUGGCGGACCAUUCCGGGGACUCGUUCCCUUCGAGUCGAUACUUUGAAACCACUGGAGGCCAGUCUGGAGGAGACACACGUGGAUUGAAAUGUUAGGCGUUUUUCUCAAUGACACUUGGGCGCCUGGAUCUAUUUUUGGAGUUCAUAAGCCGUGUCGUUGUCUGCGUCGAUGCCAACGCGUUAAACUCGACGGCGAACCCGGGGUGUUCAACGCUGCAGCGACAGAAGCCGUUGACUGCAGUUAAGCACGCUGGGAGCAGACGACCCAACAGUUUUUGACAACACAGAGAAAUCCCACUUGUUGCUUUUUUCGCACGCCAGUCCUACCUGAGAACACUGAAAUCUUCUGGCGGAUGUGGCUUUGUGCUAAUCCGACACCUUCGGUUUCACCCUGAAUUAGUGUGCUCGGCACUCGAGUGAGCUUCUACCAGGUAGCCGGCGUUUGUGCCCUGUUCUUUUUGUUCUUUUGCGUUCGCAGGUCUGCGUCUAUUCUUCUUUUCAACUCUGUAACUGUUUUGAAGCAAACGGUUUUCCUUUAGGUCGCCGAAACUGGAGAUCCAGGCUUGUCAUCUGUCAGUCGUACCUCCUCUGGGCACGCGCUACUGCUCUUCGCCACAAAUGGCUUGACUUACGGCGUUCUGUGUUCAUUUCUAGUUCUGUGCGGCUUCCGGUGCUUCUUUUCUGAUGCUUGUAACCACAUUUAAAGCUGCCGACGUGUCUUUUUCGUUGAUUGCCCAUAGUUCGCGCCUUCGUUCCCUUUUUAAUUUCCGUACCUUUAGUCGUGUGCUUCACUGCCCUUCCUUUCUCCUCAGCUUUCUUGCUCUUCGUUUUGUGCCUCACUGCCGUUCCUCCUUAAUUUCCGCGCUCUGAAUCCUUCGCUUCGCUGCUAUCUUCUCGAUUUUUGUGGGUUCCUCUCCUUCGCUUCACUGCCCGUUUCUUGUCAAUUUCCGUGCUCUGAGUCUUGCGUUUCCCGGUAGCAUAUUCUCAACUCGCUCUUCCUGGUAAACCGCGACCGCGCAAGGCCUCACUUUUCACGCGUGUUUCGAGACUUGUCUUUCGCGCUUUCGCGCCUCCUCAACAUACAGCUUUUCGCGUCCGCGCGGGACAGCCGCGGUGGGCACUGACAGCACUUUCCCUGGUUUGUUUCGCAGGCGUUCACGGCGGUAUUUCAGCGGAUUUCCAUUCCUCUCAGAAAGGAAGUCCGUUAAAAGACUCUCAAUGGAGGAGCUUUGAGAAUGACGACCGUAUCGCGGGCGCACGCCUCAAGGAGCCGGCGCAAGAGCCGCGAUGAGGACAGCGAAGGGUCUUCCUUGCCCGCUGUCGGAAUUCACGAGACCCAGUCUCCGGUUUUUUCCAGAGAAGGACAUGAGGGGGAUCGAGCAGCCCAGCCAGAAGAUGUUGUCGCUGCAGAAUCUCAUUCUAAUCCCCAGUGGCCGACACCACUUGACACAGGCUUUGACAAAGGCGCACCUCCUCUCGGAUGCUCAAGGUCGGAGGAACUUCGCUCCCCUCCAAUGGCCUCUGGCAGUUUCCACGGGAGCGGAACUGGCGGCGAUGGGGGCUGCCUUCUAUCCCUCGAAGCGCAUGCAGUUUCGAAAGAUUCAGAGAGACAGGUGAAUUCGGGUUUGCCGGGAGGCGGCGAUGAGAUUUCUGGACGGCUCUCGCCGUCAUGCGCCUCUCUGCCUCUCGUGGCUGCCGCUCUGUCUCCCGUGGAGGAUACGAGAUUGGAGCGGGACAGCUCUAUCCCAGUUCUGAAGCCCAGCUUGUCGAUUCCGAACCUUCUGGUCACCUCGCCUUCUCUCACGAGUGUUUCUUACGUGUGUGAAGCUGACCGCAGCGCAGAGGGCAAAGCCCCCUCGAUGGACGCCCUCCCGCCGUCGCAUUCGGCUGCUCCGGAAAGCGGACUGUGGCGGGAGUGUGACGAGAGAGGAAAGAACUCGUUUUUUUCGUCUGGCUUGCCAGCGCACCCGGAGGGAAAUGGCGAACGGGCAGGUGAGGGACAAGACCCCCGAAGUGGGGAUUUUGAAACCCCGGAAGAAGCCGCCUUCUCCGUCCAGAGAAUUCUCCAGGAAUCCGAGGAGCUCUUCUUGUUGUCGGGAUGUGCACGGGAAGACCGUGGUGGCGAAAGCGACGCGGCGUUCAAGACCAUGACGCGGUCCGAAGGAGCGUUUAGCCGCGAACCUGCACAUCGACAUGCAUUUGCGAAGCCCGGAAACGGCGGAGAGUCUGAACCAUUCAUGUCGAUAGAUGAAGAGAGAGCUGCCUCUCCAAGUGCCUCUGGACCGUCAUCGUACGCGUUUUUGUCGUUUGAAGAAACUUCUGCCGGAUCAAGAAGAUCUCCGGAUGCCCAGUCUCCACCACUGUCUGGACACCUUUCUGACGGCGACAGAACCCAAAGAAAAGCGGGCGAGAGAUUCCUGGAAGACCCCAGGGGAAACCUGAAGCGUUCCCGCUCUCCGUUAAUUGCUCGCGACUGCAACCGAUCACUGGGCACUUGCGAUUCCUCCUUAACAACUCGAGGUCCAGUGGCUUCCGAUACCUCUCCCCGCCGUGGAUACACCGACCAGUGGCAUAGCCACCGCAAGGCGCAAAGUCCAGGCAGGUUUCGUCGGACCAAUACGGAGGGAAAUGCAACUCCUGUCGACUCGCAGUCUUCGCCGCCGUCGAAGAAACGCUGUUGCUUGGCUGAACGAUUUGCGUUUGAACGACGGCGACAACCUCCCGUGCCACUCCCCUCCGUUGCGUCUGCUGUCGCGGCAGCCCUCGCGCAGUUCCCUCCGGGUGCCUGUACUGCGGCGGUCGAGAGAGCCGAUGAUGUUCCACCAGAAGGUAGCGGCAACGGCGUUCUGCCCGGUGGUGAAGUGUCGGAUUUGUCGCUUUCUGACCGAAAGUCUGGCGCCAGCCCACGUCAGACCCUCGACACCUUCCUUCCCGCAAAAGGUGCCUCUGCCGCACUGAAACAGGAGGGCUCCUCCUCUGAAAUUGGUGAGGGGUGCCCGGCUUCUGACGACGCAGCUGUCGCUGCAACGCUCUCCGGCUGGAAGCGAGGCAGAGGUCCGCGGAGCGGCUGCGUCUCUGGAUCGUCCCGUGCGAGUUCGCUGGAACACGCGGGCGCCAGACGACGUUCGGGCGUGGAGAGGAAACGAAGGGAAAAGCGAAAGGCCGCUCUGGCGACUGCAGCGGUUGUCUCGGCGAGUGUGCGUCGUCUGGCACUGGUUGCGGCGCCUUGCCUUGUCGAAAAUACGCUGAGACAGUGGUGGCGUCUCCAAGAGCAGGUGGGUGACGAAUUGGACAAUGGCGGAGUGUCUGAGGAGCAGACGACGGGACGUUCUGGACGCAGAACGGGGAAGAACCCCAUUGUCGGGGGACGGGUGAAAGAGGGUGAGCAGUCCGUUCGACUGGAAAUCGAAAGAUCCGGCGACAGCCCGCGAAACACAGCCAAAACUGAGCCUGGAGACCAAGGCGCGGCACAGGGGCAGGGGGGACCCGAGCAGAUUGCUGAAAACGAAAGCGGGACGGAGCGGAUGGAGACGUCUCAGACAAAGCAGGAAGCGCAGGACUUGCCGUUGCACCGGGAGGCCGCUUCCGCCUCUGCCACGCCUUUCAUCCCGGAAGGCAGAACCCAAGAAAGAGACUCGUAUCUCCGAGUGACUCUCUUCGCAGCCUCCCAGGUUCUGAACAGCGGUCAGUUUCGCCAGGCGAUUCGCAUGUUCCCGGGAGCCGAUUCGCCUCGGGGCGACCAGCGUUCGCGCUGUGUCGUGCGGGUGUACAAACAGUCGCUGCGGAAGCGCCGACUGUCUGGCGAUCGAAACAGAAGAGUCGGGGAAGACGGAAACCUGGUGUCUGUGAGUCUCCGCGACCUCCUAGCGAACAGCGGCGAAGACUGGGAGCCGUCAUCCCCCUCAGCAGCAACGCGGCCGCUUCCGCUCGCCCCAUCUGCUCUUUCGGCUCACCAAGCCAGGUCGUCUUUCGGGUCGUUUUCCAGACGCAGCGCUGAGGGGGUCCCAGGGCCUUCCCCCUGGGGUGGGGACUGCUCGCCGACAGCAGCACGCUCGCCCUUGCCUCUGUCGACUUCGCAUGAUCUGCGAAGGAGGCGCGUCUGCCCUCCUCGGCGCCGCUAUUCCCCCUCAGAGUCUGUACACAGCAGCGACGGGCGGGGCGGCGCCUGUGCGAUUGCGGCAAAGAAGCCCAAGGGGAGAAGGAGCCGCGGGAGAGAGGAGCAGACAAGAGAGGAAGUGAGCGAGUCUCGGUGCUCGACGCCGCGCUCGUGCUCUUCUGUCAGAUACGCGGUGUCUGACGGUUCGCCUGCUUCAUCUCGCGCACACCUAGGACGUCCAGACGACGAGGGAGACGAGAGGAUGACAGGAGGACAGAGGACUCCUAGGGGGACUCCCCAGGAAGGCGAAGACAGCGAUUUCCUUCCAGCAGGUAUGAGUGGUCUACGCGGCGGAACCUUGCCGCUUGACCAACUGGGAGAGAGAAGUCGAAGUGCAGAGAGGUGGAUGCCGGCGCCCUCAGUCGCAGUCGUUCCCUUCGCCCCGAAUAUCCUGGCAAAGAAGCACGCUGAAGACGUAGAAAAUCAACUCGAUGGCGGCAAAAUGUCGCUGGACGGAGUCGGGCAAAAGGAGUGCGGACUUGUGGAAACUGGCGAUACCGGCGAACAAGAAGCGGCGGUAGCGGCUUCUGAAAAACGGAGACCACUGGAGGCUCAAACUCCUGGGAGACAUGGAACCACAGUGUUGAUGAAAGGUGAAGGCCUUUUGGCAGGUCGAACCAGUGAAGUCGAUGGUGACAGGACGGGUGAGAAGACGACACAGAUUUCGCCUUUUUCAGAAGCGACAGGGAUUUGCAUUUUGAGGCGAUCACCGAGGCGAGUUCAGUCGAAUUCGAGUGAGGCCUCACGCACCGCGGUACGCUCCACAGAAGGCCUGGAAACCUCGGACAAGCUCGGCGUCGACGUUGGCACUACAAACAAAGAAGCGGAUUCCUUCAGUGCUUCUUGCGACUCUCCAAGAGACUCUUUGGAGAGGAACGUCGGAGAAAUUGUUGCCAUAUGGGCGCGAGCCCGCGAUGCCAAACAGGGGGGAAGAAUUAGGCGACGUGUGUGGCUGCCGCCUGGCAUGGCGACACAUGGUGGACACGAAGGGAAUGAGCAGAACAACGAAGCGAUUUGUGGCGGGGGAGCCACCCCCAUGAUGAAGACAGAAAGGGCAAUGGAAGAGGGGCGAGGAGAUGCGAAGACGCACCCUGUCGGAGGAACAUAUGCGGAGACAGAGAAAAAAGUCGUUGAUGAAAUGAAGGCCUGGUGGUCUAAGCUGACGUGUGCCAGCGUCGAAGCGGUGCCGGUUCAGACCUUGACACUCGACGACUUUGCUCGGGCGUUCUCGACCGUGGCGAACCGAGCAGUGGACCUCCUCUGUCUUGCCUUUCGCGCCCGAGGCGCUGGCCCGGUGUUCCGGCCUGUGCUUUCCUCGUCCCCGAAGCAGCAAGGAAACUCGCCGCAGCCUGAGAGUGAAGAUGUAGAGACACGCAUCGAAACGUAUAGACAGCAGGUUCGGCGCCUUUACCGGAGACGGCAGCAGCUCCAUGAGGCGACUGGAAAUUCGCCUUUUUCAUCUUCGCGCGUCGGUGGAGCACUCCAGCGCAGGAUAGGAGAGUUGCAGCGGCUCCGCGAGGCCCAUGGACGCGUCGACAUUCCGAAUGAAGGGCCAAGGCGAGAAGAAGACAGCGAGAAAUGCCCUGCGUCACUAUGGGACGUUCCGUUGAGACAGAGGAAACAAGGCCGCAAGCGUGUGUCCCCGUGGUACAGCGUGGGCGUCCGCUGGCUUGCUGAUUUCUCCGCUUUCGAAUACUUCGUGGUGAAAAAUUACAGGAAAGAAGAUUUGGGCGCAACGGUCUCGCUCAGCAACAGAGGCGAGGCAUCCGACACCACCUGGUCCGUCGACGGGACAGGUUCGCAGCGGGCGCCGGUGCCGUGUCUGUCUCGCGCAGGUACCCCUAGAACUGUGUCGCCGUCGCCGCCGAGCGCAGACGCGAUGAAUUUGUGGGCUCAGGCUUAUGCACCGAGCCUGAAUCAGCCCCGCGGCAUGUCUCCCGCGACGACUCCGCCUCUUUCUGAGUCGGCGACGCCUCGCGGAAACGUUUCGCCUCCGUUUAGUGAGGCCAGCUCCUCGGGACAGCGCGGGAAGAAAGUCGCUCCUGGACCGAGCGCAGACGAGAAGAAGGACGAGGAUUACCAGAGCGCAGGAAGUCUGAGGUGGGAGGUCGACGGUGGACAACGCAGGCAGGUUCAGGUCCGCAGCCGUCUGCUUCUCCAUGAGCUUCUUCAGCCGCCGUCGCUUGAUGCGACUGGAUUGAGAACCGCUCUCGUCCUCAUCGUUCUCAGGCUCCAGCGUUUUCUCCGCCUCAAGGAGGGAGGCGUGAACAACAGAGGCAGGGGUCAGAGGAGUGAGAGGAAACGCCGCUGCCGGGCCAUGCCCCCCAUCUUCAUUUUCCGGGAUGAUUCCAACGCGUUUCAGGAAGCCCUCCUUGCGAAAAAGCUAGAUAUUCGUCUUGACUCAGAUUCUCCCCACACGGACGUUCCUUCAAGGAGAAGCCUUGAUGGCGAGGUGGGAGACGAAAGGCGGCGUCUUCGUUCAGUCAAACCCACGAAUUCAAACGAUCUUUCGGAUGAACGCGGCCCUCCCCCGCCGUCGACAAUGUCUCCCCACAGCCUUGGCUCUGGCCCCUGUGACACACAGGAAGGAGUUCAGAACCUUCAGCAGGACGCUAGCUUGUUCUCUCCCGCCUUGGCUCAAGGCCAGGCGCAUGCCCACACAGACGCUGUGCCUGGAGCCCGGCACGAUGAUGUCUUGCCGCGGUCUCCGCGUUUCCCUGUUGUGGACGCGGGGCCAGAAGAGACACCCCGCCCCGAGGUCGAGUCUAUGCUGGACUCUGAAAGUGGAGACCCAACGGGUCUGGGGCAAGCGUCCAGACGCCGGUGGCGCGGGCGAGGUUCGCGGACCUCCGUGCAGCGAACCGUCUCGACGUGUCUCCACGAAGACCAUUCUGGAGACAAAACGCCUCGAGAAGAGACCUUCGGCGGUGACGCAGCCUCACUGCUCCGCGUCGCCAGCUCUGUGCCACCUUCUACCUGCUCGUCUCCUCAGUCUUCUUCUGGAGGCCGCCGAGAACGGGGGAGACGCGGCGUGCGAGGCCGAAGGGGUCGGGGGCGGUUGAUCUCUCAGCAAGGUUCGAGUCUGCUCGGUCAAACUGUGUCCGCAGGAGCCUUGAGCAGCGGAGACACAGCAGGUGCGAUCUCCACGGAGGGUGAGAACCGGAGAAACGCGGUUCGUCCUGGAGCUCUGGAACACAGCGAUGAAGACAAGGAAGAUCUUUCGGCGAGUUCGCCGCCUUCCGAUGAUGGGAUCUCUCAAAGGAGCAGUGGAAGUCAAGGAGAUUCGUCUUCGUCAGGAGGGCCUUCGUCGGAAGCCUGUCGGAAGACAACUUCUCACGUGGCGGCCAAGGCUGACUCAGCUUCCCCACGUGCACUGCAUCCAUCAGCGCGCCCGCAGCCUCGAGGGACAGCUUCGUGGACGCCGGGCGGCGAGCCCGCGGUGUCAGGCGUUCAGCACCCGUCUGCCUUGACACCGUCGCCGAGCCGGGGGAGGUUUUCAGAAGACAACGUGGCGUCGCGUGUGUCACGGGUGUCCUCGGUGGGUGCUUUGCUUCGUAGCAGGUGUGUCGUGGGCGAAGAACAGAAAGAGACACAAAAUUCGUGCUCUCUGUGGGUGGUGGAGAAGGGCGCUCUCGAGCCGUUCUGGUGGCGCACAGCAUCUGCCGUCGGCUGCGUCUCCGCGGGCAGAAGAGAUCACAGCGAUAAAGACGCGAAUCGGCUUUUCUUGGCCGAUAAGGAAGCAGGCACCGGUCCUCUUCAGGACUUCGUCCUCCCUGACUUCUCCGGGUCCGCCAGAGAGAUCCACGGAGACGAACGAGGAAGCGACAGCGACGCAUCUUGCAAGUCUGCAGCGCUCUCCACCACCAGCGACAGCAGCGGAAUCUCAGAGGUUUCCCUCGAUCUGGAAAGCACUGUGCAGGAGGUCGCCCUCGGCACAAUUCUUUCCUCUGCCCUCUCUGCUCUGCACGGAAAGACAGGUGAUGGUGACACUCAAGAGAGCGAUGCAGAGAGAGAGGCGAAUGCGGACGACGGCAGUGCGACAGGGGUCAAUGAAAAGGACUUGAGAGGCGAAAGCCGACCGGAACUACCCUCGCCAAUCCCGGGGAAGGACGAACUAGGUAGCCAAGAGGAGGGGAAGACAGCUUCGUCUCUGCCAAGUGUGAAGGCCGAACAGGGAGGAUCCGAGAGAGGAGGUGCAGAUGAAAUUGUGAAGAAAGCCACAAGUGUGUUGCGGGCAUGCAAAGACCCCGACGAGGCAACGUCUACAUCUUUGGUUCCCGAAGGAGAGGACGAGAAUGACGCUUGUGGGGCGUUGGAACCUGACUCGCUAGUGUCGGUCUCUGCGCUGGGGGAGAGCAGUGAAGAACUCUUCACAGAGGUCCCACAAAAUGAGAAAGAGUUGAAGAAGACACUCCAACACGUGGAUCCAAGGCUCUGUCAACAGAUGCUGCACGGCGGCCUCUGCUUCAUUCGCACCUACGUGGAUCUUGAGACGAAAAAAGAAUCCCUGCAGGCCGGGCCUUUUGCCGCGAAGCGGCGGAGGGUCGCGCAGCUGCUUCGGGGACUCCAGGGCCUGUUUGACGCCUUGGAAUCUGUGAGGGAGAGAGAGGGAGACGAUCUCUCAGGAGAACACGAGGGAGACAGUGCUUCCGGCGGACUGUUCACAGCAGAGCAGGAGAAGGAAGGAGCUGACAAGGUGUCAGGAGACAGAGAGAACGCAGGCGAAAGGGGGCAGAAAACUGCCGCCGAAACGGGAGACCAGAAAGCGAGCAUCGAGGACGCUGUGGCUGCGGCGUUCUGCCGGAGAGUUGGAGCCGCGAUCGCGACCGAGACUUGUGGGUCGAUUCAGACCGUCUUCCCUGAAAUUGGUGAAGCAUACGAUGUGGAGGACUCGGUGGCGCGACUUGGUGCGCCUCCACGAGCCCCAGUUCGCACCAGGCGCGAAUGCACCGGAACAGGGUUCACGUCGACGGCGGCACUCCCAGAGCCGCGAGGAGAAGAUGGGAGGAAGCAGGAAACGUCGGAACCGCUUGGCGUGGAGGCGGCAGACAAGACAGACAUUCAGGGAGAAUACGCUCAGGAAAGCGAGCACACGUGGACGCAGGAAAUGGGGCGAAAAGCGUCUUUAUUUCUGUCUGGUACCCUCGAGUUAGCGCAACUGAAGGAAGAACAGCAAGUGGAAGAGCUCCAAGGGGAAGGCGACCCUCUGACAAGCUUUCUUCUUCCUUCAGACCAAUCGGAUUCGACGAAGAAAGCGAACGAAGAGUGCAUGGGAGGGCGCACCGCGAGAGAGCUUUACGCAGAACGAGAAGAAGACGUGAAGACCUUAGGUCGCCGAAGAGAAGCUCAGACUGAGAGCCGCGCUCGUGGGCCGCAUGUCGACAGUUCGGCAGAGGCGGCGAGCGUAGCCCAGGGCGACGAAGGAGGAGAAGAGGCAAGGAAACGGAAGAAAGAUGAGAAACGAGAGAAACGAAGUGGAAAUGCAUUUCUUGACGCGCUGCUCGAACCCGCGUUGCGAGAAGACGUUGGUCGUGCCUUCCUCACCGACUUCGGAUCCCAAGCUCCACAGAACAGCACAGACGCUGGCAAACCGAUCUUCCUGUCUCCGUGUGUCUUCGGAGUCCGCGGAGGAGCGAGAUGGAAAAAGCUGGGUCUUUUCAACGACGAGGCACAGAGAGAAGGCACCGAGAGUUCACCCUGGAGAAACGACUGCAGCGAUCCCAUGUCCUACCGUGCCGAUGCCCCUCAUACCUGGAGAAGACACGAGGGACUGCUCUGGGGUGGCAGCAGACACGCGGCGAGUGCCUUGCGCCACCACGGCAGGAAGAGCCCCGCAUUUUUGUCGCCCCAGUGGGAAGACGACGAACGUCUUUCGCUUUCCUCCUCAGCGGAUGAGCGCGGCUACACGAGCAGCGGCUCCGAGCGGUUCCUCAGUAUCCCAACUCGACGCAAGUAUGGCCUUCGUUUCCAGAGACGAUCGACGAAGACAGGGCGGGCGCCGAGCCCGACCGCAGGCCGAAGCAGCGUUAAUCGGAGUGGCUGGAGGGAGACUCUUCGUCCAUCAUCUGGUUUCUCCGGUGAGGAGACGCCCCGAUCGCUGAGCUCUAGAAGAAGGCGAGGCGGCUUAGGAGGCUCAUCGCCAACGGCCUUCCGCCCUCCAAUGACACGGGCUGCGACAGGGAAGGCAGCGGCGUGUGUGCGACACGGCGACGGUGACGAGUGCGCAGAGCCCGACUCUCAGUUCGGCGCCUUUGGCUCGGCGGACCUAGGCCUGUCAGACCGGCGAGGUGAAGCCGGAGAAGCAGAUACGCGUGAAGAGAAGGCAGGAGGGUCUGCUCGUCAUGGAAAACGAGGGAGUGGAGUUCGGUCCGGAGGCGCUAGAGAAGCUGGAAGCGAUGCGGGGACAGACACCCUGUGGGUGGCGCCUGGCAGCGGUCCUAACACUUGCCGGAGUGGGCGCAAAAGUCCUGCAGCUGCUGCAUUGUCUUCGUUGCCGACGGGAGUAUACUUUGAUGCCUCACGGAAGUUGUGGAGGUGUCAGUGGAGAGAAAACGGUCGAUUCAAGACGAAAGGCUUUUCUCUUAAUGUGUACAAGACACUCAAAGAAGCCAGGCGCGCAUGUGUCGUCUACAGGUGCCUUAUGGGAGGCUGGGAAGUCGACCCACGCUGGCUCGGACCCGACGACGACGAACAAGACAACAGUGGCGGAGCAGACGAAGUUGGAAGACCUGUGCCGUCCGAUGGCAUCUCCGAUGUUGUCGGAGAGGCGAGAAGAAAGGGAGAAUACUGAGCUUUCCUGCAGAAACCGUUACGGGAAGUUUGGUUUGCUGUGUGCUGAGGGAGGAUCAGUCCUGUGGUUGCAUACAUGGCUAAAAGGGGUGGGGUUCGCAACCUGAAGGUUCACUGUAGCCCAAGCUACCGGAACUACUGGCGUCGGGUGUUAGGCGAAGGCCCACCCAGUGGGCGGCAGUCAGAAAUGAGCCGAUGUAAAGGGUGGAAUGAACGAAAGCCAUCGGCAUACAUGAUUCGACAAAAAAGAAUGUGAAGACAAACGGAUCCUGUUUUCAUUAUGCAUUUCCAUCCUCCACGUGGGGUGUUUUUAGCGGUGUCACACAUAAUUACAAAAGAGGUUCGGCGUCACAACAGUCCACCACAAAUGGACUAUCGGGGGUAUCGCCGGAGUAGACUUUUCCCGAAGGUUUUGUUGUUCUCAGGUUUUGCGUGCACUCAUCGUGGAAUGAGCGUGUCUUUCUCUACGUCGUUUUCGUUCCGUAAUAUCUCUGGCUUUUCGACGACAACUUCGUUGUUUGCGCGGUAUGAACAAACAGAGCUUCGGGCUUCGCAUUCGUGUGAAAGGAACGCACGCCGCUCAAGCUCGGUCGACACUGGUUGCCAGAAGUCGUCGUGACCCCUGUGUGUGUAAUUGAGUGGCAUUACGCUUUUUCACAUGAAACAUUUGGGCGUAAAGGGGAACGUGAUUCUUAAGAAACUUCCCCUCACCAAACAACCCAGAAAAUCGAUGCGUUUUCAAGGUACUCUCCCGACAACCGGUCGGCGACUGUGGAAGGCAUUUGGAACAUAAAGCAGAUGAAGGAUCAACGCUUUUUUGGGAAGGUUUGAUGCUCGCCCAUGCUUCUUCCGCGGCAUUUCCCCAACUUAGAUGAGUGAUUCAAACAAGAACGAAUAAAACUUUAGUAAUCGUGUGUACGAUGUGCCGCGAGUCUAAACUCACAGUGAGACGACCUUUUUUCGUAGCGUCUGCCGCUCUGGUGGCAUGGUUUCUGCGGGUGGUACGUCAGGAGUAUGCCAACUGUUUUAUUUUCCGAUUAAGGAAUGCUCCUGUUGAAGGUGGCUUUGUGCGUGUGUGUCUGUUUCUUGAAGCAUACGAAAUAAUACAUAGUGAAUUCGCAACGCUGAACUUCCCCAUGAGUUAACGUGCAUACGCGCG